AUGGCUUUGCAAGAUGUCACUUUUCCCGUCAAGCCCAUUGUGAAGAUACACUUUAUCAUCAAUUGUGUGCUGGUCUUCAUCACGCUUGUUGUUGUUGGGCUGCGGAUUCUGUCACGCGUGAUUACCAACGCCGGACUCGGUUGGGAUGACUUCCUCAUCCUCGUGGCUACGCCCGAGGCCAUUGGCAUGCUUGUUAUCCAGGGACUUUAUUUGCCAAUGGGCGUGGGCUAUCCCAUCAACGAGACCCUGCCGAACCUGGUCGUGAUCCUGAAAUUGAUGGUGUCGUACGCUCUGAUCUACAGUUUCUGCAUCAGCGCUAUCAAGAUGAGCGUUCUAUGUUUCUAUCUUCGAAUCUUCGUCAACAAGUACGUGCGCAUAGCCACCAUGGUGGUAGCCGGGUUUGUCCUCACUUGGACUACUGCCAACAUUUUACUGCUAUUUCUCAUAUGCCGUCCAUUCCGAGCAAAUUACGAUCCCACUCUCGCCACUGGCCAUUGUGGGAACCAAGUUACAGCCUUCAUCUCAAUUGGUGUCUUCAACAUCAUCAGCGACAUCAUGAUCUGUUUACUCCCCCUCCCGACCAUCUGGGGAUUGAAGGCACGACAGAAGAUGAAAUUAUCUUUAACGGGUCUUUUUACCAUUAGUUUGGCGGUAUCUGCCGUCGCCGCCGGUCGUAUUGCCGCUCUUACACAUCUGGAGCUUGUAAACCUCACCGGAACAAUGGUCUGGGUGGACUUCCUAUCAACCACAGAAAUCAGUCUCGGCAUUCUCUGCGUCUCCCUGCCCAUGCUCGGUCCCAUAUUAUCCAAGGUUCGAAAGGGUGGUCACAGCCGGUAUGGCUCAAACAGCUGGCAAAAAAAAUAUCCCAACGCGGCCUCGAAAGGCUCGGCGUCCAAGUUCUCAAGCAAGAAGAGGCAACCUGGAGCGGACACGAUUAUCUUGAAUUCAAUUGAUGCUGCGGACGAGCACGAUCACGAUCCCAUAAACUAUCCUGGCAAUGCGGAAACAUCGAGCCAACAUGGAAGUGAGGCAUCUCUCAACCCUGCUUAUAAGCAGGCACAGAUUGGGGUUGCAAGGGUAUAG